AUUGUGCAUGGCAUUAAAGAUUAUUUUUAUAGAUGGCACUAUUAUGUAAAAUUUUAAUAUCGAUCUUCCAUUCUUUAUAAAAGUUAUGGAUUAAACGGCGUUGGAGUUUGAGGUUGGCAUUGUUGGCAUUGUUGGCAAGGACUUUCAAGAAUAAUACUCAAAAUGGCUGCCCAAUCAGUUAUUAAGUAUUUACGUCCAAAAACUGUUGUAUCUCAAAUUCAUAGAUGUGCUUCGCUCUCUGCAUUUGAAAUACAACAUAAAACUCCAACUAUUAAAAAGGUAAUGCCCAUACCAAAAGCUCACUAUGGAGGACGACACACAGUUACUGUUUUGCCUGGUGCUGGAAUUGGUCCAGAGUUGAUGACCUACGUAAAAGAGGUUUUCAGUUAUGCAGGUGUACCAGUAGAUUUUGAAGAUGUAGAUAUUGAUCCAAAUGCAGAUGAUAAUGUUGAUUUACAUUAUGCUAUUACAUCAAUUCGUAGAAAUGGUGUAGCACUAAAAGGGAACAUUGAAACUCGUAGUACAGAAGCUGGUGUACUUUCCCGAAAUGUUGCUCUUCGAAAUGAGCUAGAUCUUUAUGUAAAUGUCUUACAUUGUGUAUCAUAUCCUGGGGUAAAUUCACGGCAUAAAAAUAUUGAUAUUGUUAUUGUGAGACAAAAUACAGAGGGGGAAUAUGCUAUGUUAGAGCAUGAAAGUGUACAGGGUGUUGUGGAAAGUAUGAAGGUUAUUACAACUACUAAUUCUGAACGUGUUGCAAGAUAUGCAUUUGAAUACGCUAAGCGAAAUGGAAGAAAAAAAGUUACCACAGUUCAUAAGGCAAAUAUAAUGAAGCUUUCUGAUGGGUUAUUCUUAGAAACAUCAAAAAGAGUUGCAAAAGAUUAUCCAGAUAUUAUUCAUAAUGAUAUGAUUAUUGAUAAUACUUGUAUGCAAUUGGUCUCCAAUCCACAUCAGUUUGAUAUAGUGUUAACAACCAAUUUAUAUGGGGCAAUUGUAUCAAAUGUAGUAUGUGGUUUAUUAGGUGGUGCUGGAUUGUUAUCAGGUAAAAAUUAUGGUGACCAUUAUACAGUGUUUGAACCAGGUACUCGUAAUACUGGUACAGGCAUUGCUGGGAAAAAUAUUGCUAAUCCUAUUGCAAUGUUAAAUGCUGCUGUUGAUAUGUUACGUCAUCUUGGACAUAAGCAUCAUGCUACGUUAAUUCAAAAUGCUAUCAAUAGAACUAUUAACCAAGGUAUACAUACUCGUGAUCUUGGUGGACAAGCUACCAGUAGAGAAGUUGUUGAUGCUAUAAUGAAAUAUAUUAAAACAGCAUCUGAUUAAGACUGAUACAGUGUAUCUUGCUAAACCUAAUAUGAGAGGGGGAGUUAAAAAGUAAAUAGUAUUUGUAUUAAAAAAAUGAAGUAUUCAGUAUUUGAAGUUAGUUUUUAUUUGAUUAGUAUUUAUUUGAAAAUAGAAUCUAAGUACCACUUUUUUGCAUAAUUUCAAUGUUUAUUGAGACAUUUAUCAUAUCACGAUACCAGUUCUUCUAUUGCAUCGUUGAAGAAUUGUCUUCCAACUUACGAUAACCAUUUUCACGUCGCACUUCGACCUUUUUCAUCAGAGCCGUAUCACUUUGGAACGUUUUUUUUUAUUGGCCUGAAGACAUCAAAGUCAUAAGGGGAAAGGUCUGGGUCUGGGCCGUACGGAAGUUGCUAUACGUUUCACUUGAAUUUUUUUAGUAUACUCUUCGUGCAUCGUGCCGAGUGUGAAUGUCCGAUCCGACGAACACGAUAUGUUUCACGAUUGAUAACAAAUGAAAGGCAAUCGUUAUGUCGAAAAUAUUAGUAUAAUCAUAGAACACAAGUAUUGAGAAAUGUUGUCCCUUUGCUGCCAAGUUUCCUCAAGAUAUUUUUAAUACACAAAAAGUUAUAGACGAAUGCAACUUACUUUUUGACUCACCCUCGUAAUAAUGUAGAACCAUAUAUAUUUAAUUUUGCUUUUUAGAAAGAAUAUUCAUCGUGUUUGGUAUAAUGUUAAAAUAUCAUUGCAGUUGACAGCAGUAAAUGUAUUCUUCAUUUAAAAGGAAUUCUAUACAAUUGUGUAAAUCGCACAAAAUUAUAACAAUUUUUAAGUAAAAUGACAAAUUUGAUACCUGUAUUAUAGUGAUAUUUCAUGUAAUAUAAAGACAUUGUAUUAUAUUGAAUUAUUAAUAUUCAAAAUUUGUAAAAUAUAUGCUAUAAGUACUAAUUUCAAUAGAAAUUAAAUAUUGUAAUUAUUCUUAUAAGACGAGUUUGAGAUGUCAAUUUUUUUUAUUUACAUCUGAAAUAUUUUCAAAUUAUUUACAUCUGAAAUAUUUUUAGAAAUAUUUCAGAAACAUUUUCAGAUGUAAAUAAAAAUAUUUUCUUGCAAUUAUGUAAUAUUUAUACAUGUCUUUAAUAAUUUUAUGCUAAUGAUAAUUUACUGAACAAAUGAUUUAGAGUACAAUAUAUCUGAGGACUUAAUUUAGUUUAUUUGCAAAACGUUUAGAUAAUGAAAAAUAUUUAAUAUUAAUAAUAUUGUAUUACAGAAUAUAUAAAAAUUAUUAAAAUUUUGAUCAGUGAAAAUCCUGAUAUAAUAAUUCAAUUUUGCAGAAGUUGUAAUGCUAAUUCCUCAUCUACUUUUAAAUCUGUAUUAUCUAUUUCAUGACAUGUUCUUUGUUUCUUCUUUUUCUUUUUAUAUUCAUCUUGUGUUAUGAGUUUUCUUUUAGAUGAUCUGUAAAUGAUAAAAAAAUAUGUGUACCAAAUAUAAAAUUAAUAUUAGAAAUAAAACAAAUAUAUUUUUGUAGACAAUGAAUUUAAUACAAGUUGUUAAAAUGCGAA